AUGGCACGAAAAGGAAAUCCGAUUUCGGUAAGACUUGAUCUGAAUCGUAGUUCAGAUUCAAGUUGGUUCAGUGAGGGCGACCGCGAAAGUCACCGAAUAGUGUAUCAAGAUCUCAAUCGGAGAUCUUAUUUCGGUUCGAUACGUCCACCUACGAGACUCACCUUUGGCUUUCGCCUCGGUAGACCCGCGAAGGGACGGUGGUGGGAAUUGGGGAAAGUCGGGCCGAUCGGGUGUCUUCAUUCAAGCGACGGUAUAAAAGAAGAACGAAACGAAGUGAGAGGCUGGGGGUCGGGGAAAAGAGUCAAGUCGAUCAGUCUCGACGAUCGGAAGAAGCAAAAAGAAAGAAGGAUUUGGCCGAAAAAGAAGCAAGGCUAUGGAUACCAUGACCGAUCACCAUCGAUAAAGAAUCAUCUUUCGUCAUCACUUCGGGUCAGCGGGGCCUUCAAGCAUACUCAAAUCAAAUCCAGGAUCCGGGCUUUCAAAAGAAGGAAGUUAUUCUUGUUCUUUUGCCCAAAGAAGUCCCGCUUCUCCGGCUGGACGAGUCAUCUACAACAAAGGACCCGCCCCGCAGUGCGCUCUUCCUUGAAUUAUUCGGUCAUGCAAUACUUAUUGAAUACAAAGAGAAAAAUGCAUUUCGAUCCCGUCUCCGUUCUCAAUCAUUCCGUGGCUGAACUAUCUAUGAUGGGGGGAGCUAAUGCACAGGAAAGAAGUGACGAUAAGAGAAUACGUUCUCGCAUCGCUUUUUUUGUAGAAAGCUCGACCAGCGAGAAAAAGUGUUUGGCCGAAGCCAAAAAGAGGUUGACCCACUUCAUUCGCCAAGCGAAUGAUCUUCGCUUUGCGGGAACAAGAAAAACUACCAUCUCGCUCUUUCCUUUCUUCGGUCGAUCAGAAGGUGCAGAAAUAGCUAGAACUGAAUGCGGAAAAUGUAGUAAGGGUUUCAAACCGGACGGUACACAACUUGGUUUUGGAAGAUAUGGAACUCAAAGUUGUAGAGCAGGUUGUCUUUCAUAUCGAGCCAUUGAAGCAGCGCGUCGGGCUAUAAUCGGACAUGUCCAUCGUGCUAUGAGCGGACAAUCCCGAAGAAAUGGUAAGAUAUGGGUAAGAGUUCUCGCGGAUAUCCCUAUUAUCGGAAAACCUACAGAAGUCAGAAUGGGAAGAGGAAAAGGAAAUCUUACGGGUUGGAUUGCUCGUGUGUCCACUGGACAAAUCCUAUUUGAAAUGGAUGGUGUGAGUUUGUCAAAUGCUCGACAAGCCGCUACAUUAGCGGCGCAUAAACUAUGUUCGUCAACCAAGUUUGUUCAGUGGUCGUUCUGUCUUAUAGAAUUGCUCAUGGAACUCGCUUUCCAGAUCGUACCAACUGUUAAUAGAAGGGGGAUGUUCAUAUACCAGGAGAAGGCCGAUUUAAAGAUCAACAAUCAACCAAGCUCAGACAAAUUCCUGAAUGUGCUCUCCCAGCCUUUCAGAAUCGAAGGGGCUAUAGGGUUUCCUUCGUACAUGGAGGCCUUCUUCUUACAACAGACGAGAGCGAGAAAUCGUCUUCCGUCACUAGCCAUUGCUCGUCAUGCUAUCGUCUCGAAGAGUCAGAGUCAUAUGCCGAUCUUCAUGCCAUCUUCAUUACUAGCUCUGACGACUCGUCUUAUGCUAAUGAAAUACCUGCAAACAACCCAAAGAACGAAGCGAAGUGAAGGAAAAAACCAAAGUACGAGGGAAGAGGCAAGAAAGCAAUCACAUCAGGCGAUUUUAAGCCCAAGUUUCUCUAACGGAAAGAGCUCUUGUCCGCCGCUAGAGGCUCUUCCAUCGCUUGAUAGAAGGGAAUUCAAGCUGUUAUGCUUCCAUGUUCCAAAACCUAUCAAUAGGGGGGACUUUCACUCUUCCUCUCGCUUCCUAACCUCUCGCCCUGCUCAAAGCAAAGAAAGGCUUGAACAUAAAAAACUUUAUGCAGAACUUGUACAAGCGAAUAUCUAUGUGAAUCUGAUCAACAAAGAAAGAGAGAAGACCAGACAAGAGUUGGAUCGGGGCAAGGUGACUGUUCAGAAACUGCAAACAAGAUUCACUCUAUCUCCAUCCAGAAAGAACGAGCCGAAGCCGCCGCUCAAGCAAGCAUUUAAAAUGUCCUUCUUUCACCCAGGUUCUUUAUGUAUUGUAUCCAUGAUGAUGGAAAUUAUUCCCAAGAGGAGCAAGUCUAACGUCGUUGCUUACAGGGAGAUUGAAUGUGAGGGCCCACAAUUCAAGCCCGAUGAAGUAGCGGUGAAGGGAAGAAGUUGGCAAAAGGCGGUGAGAUAG